CUAACAGAUUAUCUCUUGAUGGCAAAUUAGAAUAAAGAUAUAUUGCACAGUAAAUACACGUAAGACAACAAAUCUAUAAGAAGGAAGCAGAAAACGUCCGCAACACAAAGGAACAUGGAAGUAAGAGAAAACAGAAAGGGGUAGUUAGGUAAAGGAUUGUGGUUAAUAAGUAACAGGCAGUCACCCCCGCCCUGCAGGGCCUGCUGGGAGGAAUUAUUGGCAAGCAGAGUGUGUGUGUGUGUGUGUGUGCUUGUGUGUGUGUGUGUGUGUGUCUCUGUGCAGAUAACGCUGAAAUAAAGAACAGGAAGAGAAGAUACAGAGAGCAGCGCCAUUUCUAAACACCCUUUUGUGGCUCUCCAGCGGUGUCCAGUUCCUCUCUUCCUCUUUCAUGGGCGAAGCGAAGGGCAAGUCGGGGCCGUCGGCUCGGAGGCCGGACAACUCUGCCUUCAAGCAGCAGAGGCUCCCGGCCUGGUCCCCCAUGCUCACCGCCAACACGGUGCUGCCCUUCUUCUACUUCAUGGCGUUGUCGUGCAUGCUGCUGGGCGUGUGGCUGCUGCUCACGGUGCAGAGCACUCAGGAACUCAAGCUGGACUACACGAAGGCCGGCUCGUGUGACGAAUGUUUUGAGAUGCGGAAGAAUGUGAGCAAAGCAGCGCUAAACUGCUUUUGCAAAGUGGAGUUUCGCAUCGAGAAAGCGUUCAAGGGAGACGUCUUUUUCUACUACGGCCUCCAGAACUUCCAUCAGAACCUCCGCAGAUACAUGGACUCCAGAGACGACGGGCAGAUGGUCGGGAGGACGACGAACUUAAAGAACCCGAGUACGUACUGCGAGCCGUUCAUAAAGGACCAAAAGGGACUCCCCAUUGCCCCCUGUGGUGCUGUGGCCAACAGCGUCUUCAACGACUCCUUCACUCUGAGCUACCACGGCGGCUCCAGCGGCCCCGCGGUUCCGGUCCCUCUGCUGCGACAAGGCAUCACCUGGUACACGGACAAGAACAUCAAGUACCGCAACCCGAAGGACGGCAACAUGACCCUCGCUCAGGUGUUCCAAGGUAAAACGGGGGAUGAGAGGGGGGGGGGGAUAUCGGAGUCAGGUCUCUUUUCGUCUCGUCUUGAUUUGUGCGACGGCCACUCCUCAGGUACGGCGCAGCCUCGGUACUGGCAGAAGCCCGCAUACGAGCUGGACCCCCGAGACCCGGCCAACAACGGCUUCAUCAACGACGACCUGAUCGUCUGGAUGAGGGAGGCGGCCUUCCCCAAUUUCAAGAAGCUCUACGGGGUUUUAUACCGAGCCAAGAAGCCCUUCAUCAAGGGUCUGCCUGCGGGGAACUACAGCGUGGACGUCUCCUACAACUUCCCCGUGCAGCACUUCCGAGGCAGAAAGCAAGUGGUGCUGACCACGGUGACCUGGUUCGGAGGUCAGAACCACUUCCUGCCGAUCGCUUACCUCAUAACCAGCUGCCUGACCCUCCUCGUAGCCGUCGUCCUCACGGUGGCGUGGUGCAAGUUUGGGAAGAAUGGGAGGAACAUGGAGGAAUGAGAGGAACAUGGAGGGCGAGACGUGGAACCGGGAUGCUGUUUUUAGAGACGACGGUUUAUGCGAAUCAAGUUUGACAUUUUGGAAAAAAUUGCCAGCUAAAUGAACCUCAUGUCGGGGCUUUUUAUUUGUGAUGUUUUCUUUGACCAACUGAAGGACUUCUUUUUCAUGUUGAUUUUUACUUGAAUAUUAUUUACUUUUUUUUUUUUUUUAAAUACACACCGUUUUGUCACGCACUGUUAAUAUUUAUUAACAUAAUGUAUUUAUUCUAAUGAUUACAAAAACUAUUCACUGGAGGUGUUAAAGCAGUAUUUUGUGUCUCAGAAACGACUAGUCAUGCUAAUUUGUACGGUGUAAAUUUAGUUAUGUUUUUUUAAUAUAAUUACAGCACAAUAAUUAGCCGGUGCAAAUGCUAAAAACAGGCCUUGCAUUUUAAAAGGUAUGUCUGCAUGCCAAUCUGUUUAUUAGGUGUGUUUAGCAUAAUAAAUAACAUCCGCCGACAACCAUGUGUACGAUCCAUUAUGGCCUGAAGAUUGCAAUAAAACAUUUUCUUUUAAAACUC